AUGGCGGACAAUUAUGGGUGGAAGUGGCAAGAGAGGCUAGAGGAGCCGAGGUCUGGCCACUGGACCAUCAGAGCGAUUCGACCCAUUCUGAUAGAAUGGGCGGAUCGAUCCUGUGGAGGAGUCUCCUUCCACCUUGCGCAGGUCUUGUCAGGGCAUGGUUGCUUUGGCAAAUACCUGUGCAGGGUGGGACGAGAAACGACUGCCGUAUGCCAUCAGUGUGGUUGCGCCGAAGAUACGGCGCAACAUACACUGCAGGCAUGUCCGGCGUGGAAGGAGCAGCGGUCGUCUCUGACCGCAAUGGUAGAAAACGACCUUUUCCUGCCAACCGUAGUUCGAGCUAUGGUCGGUAGCGAGACGGCGUGGAGUGCGGUGGCCUCUUUCUGCACUGAUGUAAUGUGGCGGAAGGAGGCAGCGGAACGGGAGCGAGAGGAAGAUCCUUCCUCUCAUCCUAUGCACCGCAAACGCUAG